GCCAGCAGGCUUUUCCACAGAGAAAGACACACGCAGGGAGACAUUAACAGCCAGAGACUAGGGACGUUUAAUCGGCUUCUUUUUUUACGUUUUGUUAUGUUUAUGUGAGAUUAUGCUAGCCCCGUAGGAUUUUAGCAGUUCUUUUCUUACCGCGCACAACAUAAAUGCCUCACACUGAGUUUUGGCUUCACCGAGUCUUGUUUUGGACAUUGCCUAAACGGAGUUUAGGGUUUUAAGCCCCCCUAUUCUCAAAACGCAGCUCCGUUAGAGGGUUCUAAGCCUCUCACACUCAAAACGCGGCUCUGGUAGAAUCUCUCGGUUGGUGUCUCCAACUAAGUACACUCCAUAUUUUAGUGAAAACAGGAGGCUUCUCUCUCACCGAGGAUGCUCGCAUUGACUCGGAGCUUCUGCUGGAUGGUUACGUUGCUCCUAGCAACAGUAGCGUCGCUGGGCGCCAAAGGCGGGAACUCCUUAGCAACCGCGCGGCACGGAGCGUCGCGAGACGCCGAAAACUCCAUAAAAUCCCCGCCGCUCGGCGAGUCGCCCACCGCGGCCACCAACCGGUCAGGGGUCGCUCACAGCGGAGCCGCCAGGAAAGGCAACGUCCGCCUUCAGAUGUACCCCUGCAGCAGUGAUAAAGAGUGUUCGGUCGGUAGUUACUGUCACAGCCCUCAGCAUGCUCCCUCACGCUGUCUCUCCUGCCGUCGGAGGAAGAAGCGUUGCCACAGAGAUGCCAUGUGCUGCCCUGGCAACCGCUGCAGCAACUAUAUCUGCAUCCCAUUCUCUGAGAGCCUUCUGUCACCACACAUCUCACCCUUAGAGGAGCACAACAAACUCUCAAGCAAAGACAAGGGCUGGAAGAGGAGCGGGAAAGCCCAAGCCAAGCUCUCCCUCAAAGGUCAUGAUGGUGACGCAUGCCUGCGUUCCUCGGACUGUUCCGAGGGCUUCUGCUGCGCCCGUCACUUCUGGACCAAGAUCUGUAAGCCCGUGCUGCGUCAGGGUGAGGUGUGCACCAAGCAGCGUAAGAAAGGCUCUCACGGUUUGGAGAUCUUUCAGCGCUGUGACUGCGCCAAAGGCCUGGCAUGCAAGGUGUGGAAGGACGCCACCUCGUACUCCAAAUCCAGACUGCAUGUGUGUCAGAGAAUCUGAGGGCGGUGCAGGCGAGGGCCCAGCAAGCGAGCUGUACCGUGAGGCCCAUUCUUUCUGCCUGAGGGUAGAAUGGAGAGGACUGCUUUUUUUUUUUUUCAGGACUCAGCCAUCUGUGAUGAAGGGAGGCAUGGAAGGUAGAGAGAGAGCGAGAGUUAGAGAGAGUGUGAGAGAGAGAAUAAGCCAGUAUGUGUGUGUAUGUGUGUGUAGUUUGGAACAAUCGAUUGAUUUGUGAUCUGAUGCUCCCUUGAAUUGUGUAUACCCAGCCUCUUUUCAGCAGCUUGUUUGCUGCACAUGUUUUAAAAACUGUAUGAAUUUGAAAGCCAUAGCCUUUCACCAGCAAUAGAUGGAGGUUCUGAAGCAAUUCCACUCUCUCUAUGCAUUUAGGUUUAUGUAUAAUACAUGUCAAACAUGACUGUGUUUACCUGUUAUCUAGUGAUUUGAUAUGCACAUGUUUUCAUACAGGGUUCAGCAUAACUCACUUAUCAAUCAGAAAUAACCACUAUAUUUCACGAAAACAGUAUCUAACUGUUCUGUAACACUUGUAGUAUAUAACCAUAUAUUCCUUUCUGCUAGAUCUACAUUGCUCAUACUUGCCCAGAGUAUAGCACUCUAAUUUGUAUCGUUGUAUAUAAAUGUUUGGGCACCCCUGGUCAAAUAACAUGUUUUGUGAAAACAAGUUGCACAUUUUCUACAGAGAAGAAACUUCUGCACAUUCUAAUGCACAAUUACCGUUUUUUGAUAGGUUUAACGUGUUGGAAGAAAUGAAACAUAAAAUAUGAUCUGUGCAAAUAUAAUGGCACAUUGUAUAUUUUAUGUUUUAGUUUUUUCCAGUGUGUUAAACUUAGCGAAUAGAAACUGUGCACUGAAAUUUGCAGAAAAUAGCUUAACUCAGAGCCUCAGAUCUGUUUAAAGUAUGAGGAAGAUUCAAUUACAAACAUCUGCAAAAUAUCAAAAAAGAAAUCAGAAGAUGUCGAUAGGACCAAAGAAAUAACUAAGCCAAAAUAAUACAAAAAAUUGAUAUGAAGAACCAUAAAGAGGAAAAGAUAUCAAGAGACUGUGUUUGUCAUGUGAACAAACUAUCCUCUAAACACCACAUGCCACUACAGUCAUAACUCAUGAAAAAGUUGAUCAAUUUUUACUUAUUUUUAUCCAUUUCAACUUAUUUUUAUUUAUAAAGUCAAGCAAAAAUGUAUUUUGAAGAGGGGUGUUCAAAGUUUUGCAUAUGACUGCAUAUUGUCAGUUAUUCUCAUCACUGUCUGUUGUGCAUUGAAGGCUGUGUGGGUGAACCUGGGAAGGGUAUCGUGCUCCAGCAGUUUGCUUUAGUGAUCUAGAACCGUUUUUUCAUUGGUGGUGAACUCGAGUAGGUGCCCACUGAUUUACAUGUUGCUUAUUUGCAUGCGGCGGGAUUUCUUCUUAGGAGCGUACAUUAACCAGUUACAAUGAAGAGAGCACAAAAAUAGACCCAUGCCAUCACCUUUUAGCUGAAUCAAGGUUAAGAACAUAAGGGGACAGUGCUUACAGAUCCAUUGAAAUAUCACUAUAUGAGAUGAAGGCCUAGAGCACAGUACUUCACCACAUAACUCUAGACCCAUAAGGGUGAAAUGGGUUUGGCAGUUGGGACCACUGGGUGAUUUAAACUGGCUUACAUUCUGAAGUUACACAUUUCUGGAGAAAAGUUUUUCAUUCAAUGUUCAGAUUCACACAGAACAGUUUGCUUAUCUGUUACUUUGUCUAUGAAAUAUGACUUUUUUUAUUUGAUUAUUAGGGGAAAGUGUUUACAGUUUAAGAAGGCGUUUUUUAUGGGUCAUCUAACACAUUCUGUAGACAUUGUUUCACACCAAAGUCUGAUUGUGACAUUACGAUUGAAUAACUAUAUCCGAUAAUAGACGAUAAAAUACAAAGUGUGCCUCUAUUUUGUGAAUUUUCCUACGAGUUCUAUCAGUUAACAAACAACUAAUAAGCUCUUACUGUAAAUAACAUGGAGACAAUGAAAUGAAAUGUAUUUAAAAACAAGUGUAUAUCAUGUACAUAUGAUAAUGGGAAGCUGUAAGUCAGGCAUGGCACUUUGACAUGCAGGCAUUGCAAUCUGCAGGAGUUGUAGCAGCGAACAGGUAAAGCUGAGGGCUUUUGCACCUGAGUGCUUGCAUGCAUUUGAGAGAAGAAAGCAUAGUUUACAUCUUCAAUUUUCAACCCAACUGUAUUUUUUGCUGCAUAUACAGGAUAUUAAGAUCUUCACAGAGAAUUAUUACAAUUAAAUUAUUUUCAAAAUUCCUUUAAAAGUUCAGAUUUCUUUUAAUGAGCCCACAUUGUGCACUUGUUUUCUGGAUUUGUGCCUGCCUUAAAGAGAUAUGUUGGACUAUGCUGUUAUGUGUUUCCCAGUGUAUAUUUACAAUGUUAAAAUGAUUAAAGAAUGUAUUUUGUAUUACAA